AUGCUCUCAACAACCCGCUCCCUAGACAAAUCUUCUCCCCUUUUGAGCCCUCACUCUCGUCUACGGCCCCUUAACUACGGCUCCAACAAUACGCGGACUUGGGAUAUCCGUGGUGCAAAGGCAGAGGUAGCUGCUCGCGCGCGGGCCUAUCCCUCUCCUCCCAUGUCAGAGUCCCCCUCUCUGCCUCCGAAGGACCCUCGAGAAUUCUAUGGCAGAAGUGACGGUCCAGGUUCACACUCGAUCGCCAACUUGCAAGAUGCUUAUCGAACAAGUUCAACACAACAACGACAGGUAGACCCGCGGCUACACCUUCCACCACCUCCGCGUCCGCCGCAACCUCAACCUUCGCAACAACACCAGCCUCGUCUUUCCCAACAGUAUCACCAAGAACCAAGUAUGGAACCUCCGUAUGGAUAUCGAGGACCAGAAGAGCAUACGAUACAACCGCCUUUGUACUCACCCCGUGAUCCGCAAGGUAUCAACCAAGGCCCUCAUGUUCAACCAUAUAGUUCCGCGGUAGCUAGUUCAAGUUCUACUAGCCAACAGUCGAUAGGCAGCGGGUCUACUUCCAUGGAAAGUCAGUCAAUGGGAUCUCCUAAAUCCCAACGCAAGACCAAAGGACACGUUGCGUCUGCCUGUGUCCCUUGCAAAAGAGCUCAUCUUCGAUGCGACGCACAACGACCUUGUUCCCGAUGUAUAAGCAAUGGGAAGGAAGAUGCCUGUGUCGACGUGCAACAUAAAAAGCGAGGGCGCCCUCGACUACGAGAUGACAGAGAUGCCAGGUUCGACUCAAUGCGACCACAACAUUCCCAAGAUGUAUCUCCGAGGCGUCCAUUGAGUAUUUACCCCUCUGCUGGUUCGGGGCCUCCAUUAUUUGACGAGACGUACCAAAGACACCAAUCAUUUCGGCCAUCGGAGAUGUCAGCCGGCAACAGCUUUUCGGCGAGGCAUGCCGAGCGUGCAUCAUCGUCAGAGUCGAACAGUUACAACACUCCUUUGUCAGCUACACCAGGCUCGCCAGAGCCCGUUGCGUAUCUGACCAUGGGACUUGAAAUCGUGAAGGGAUCACCGACAUUCUGGGACGCAGUUGGAUUGCCAAACUUGGCUGGUCGCGGCUUAGCAGAGCUGGUACUGCCGGCGGAGCUCGAAAAGGUAUCGCACAUUCAAUCCCACUUUAGUGGUGAACAGAAAAGGCGCGAACCAAACUAUCUACCUCCUAUCAUAGGCCAUGGGUCUCAGAGCAUUCAGGGACUCGGGUUCUCAGUUGAGGACUUCGGACGGUUCCCGCUGAACUUCCAUGACCAUUUGGCAUUCGUUGGUGCAAAUGGCUACGCUAGGCCAAUGGUCAUUCGAGCAGGCCUGGCAAAGGAAGGUUCCUUCUACUUCAUUGUAUUACUACUCAAUAUUCCCCCUAGGCAGCCUCAAGUGUCCCCAAUACCAAAUGCCCCUGGUCUAUCGGCGACCUUGGCAUAUAAACGACCUAGCCCGGAAGCAAUAUACGCGCAACGGCCACCCUUUGACCCCAUCCGAAGCCGACCCAGCGAAAAUCCUCACUCGGCUACAAUGUCCGUGGAGCCGUCGAGCCAGCCUGGGAGACCAACGAGUUUUAUAGAGCACAGUCCACAGCAUACUGCACGACAGUACGAAGCAUCAAUGGAGAGGCAACACUACAGCACACGACCAUUUCCAUUUCCUCCACAUGACAUGACUGGACAAAACGUUCCAGUAUCUCAGCAAAGCUUCCAGCUUCCUCCUAUUCGAUCUCGAUCAGAGCAAACUCCACAGAGUGGACUGGCGCUCUGGAACCGUGGCGAAAGAUCCAGCCGUGUUGAUAUUGGAGGGUUGAUAGACAAACCAGAUGAACCCGCGAGAUUCCGAGAUGAACGUCGCUGA